AUGACGACGGGAGAUUGCUGCCACCUCCCUGGCUCCCUAUGUGACUGCUCCAGCAGCCCUGCCUUCUCCAAGGUCGUGGAGGCCACAGGCCUGGGGCCACCCCAGUAUGUGGCACAGGUGACUUCAAGGGACGGCCGCCUCAUCUCAACUGUCAUCCGGGUCUUGGACACUCCGAGCGAUGGUCCCUUCUGCCGGAUCUGCCACGAGGGAGCGAACGGGGAGAGCUUGCUGUCUCCGUGUGGCUGCACCGGCACACUGGGCGCCGUGCACAAGAGCUGUCUGGAGAGGUGGCUUUCCUCAUCCAACACCAGCUACUGUGAGCUGUGCCAUACACAGUUCGCAGUGGAGAAGCGGCCGCGGCCCCUCACAGAGUGGCUGAAGGACCCGGGGCCUCGGACAGAGAAGCGGACGCUGUGCUGUGACAUGGUGUGUUUCCUGUUCAUCACUCCUCUAGCCGCCAUCUCGGGCUGGCUGUGCCUGCGCGGGGCCCAGGAUCACCUCCAGCUGCACGGCCGGCUCGAGGCGAUGGGGCUCAUUGCCCUCACCAUUGCCCUCUUCACCAUCUACGUCCUUUGGACGCUGGUCUCCUUCCGCUAUCAUUACCAGCUGUACACUGAGUGGAGAAGGACCAACCAGAAAGUACACCUGAAGAUCCGGGACAUGGAGGGCGCCGAGGCUACCCAGCACUCCCUGCUGGCAGCAGGCUUCCUGAAGAAGGUGGCAGAGGAGACGCCUGUGUGA